AUGACACUCCAAAUCGAAGAGAACAAGAGAUGGGACACGCAUCUGUGUGGUCCGUACUACAGAUCUCGCGAAUUCUCGCGUGCAGUCGUUCUUUUAGAAGGUAACCUGUUUUUUUCGCCCCGGGUUAUGUUCUUUCCCACUAUCGGACCCGACCCGAAUUAUGCGGACGAGCUCCGACUGAAUUUGAGGUUACACAUAGCUGCUUGCUGGGAUUUUGCUGUUGUGGAUAUCCGUAUUUCGUGUGAUUUGUGGGGUGAAUUUGUUUUGGCGCAAGUUAGGGUUGGGUUGUGCUGGGGGCUCAUUUUGCAGGAAUUGGUAUCCUUGAUGGGUUUGGAGAAAUCUCAACAUUUAGUUAAAUUCACACAAAUGAGAUGGCUGAACAAGGAGUGUCCGCUUUACCGAAUGCCCAUACACCCGUUGCCUAUUCUAUCCAUACGCCUGUUACCAUAUCCCAUCAUAAACCUGAAAAUCCCUGCAAUACGCCCGUUAAUUCAUCCUCCCACACACCUGAAAAUCCAUCAUUUUCUAGUUCGGUCACACCUAUUCCCGGGAUGGGAUGAGUACGGAAUAUUACAGGACUUGACCUUGAGUGGAGUACAAUCAAACUUCAUGAGAGAAAAUGUAUCAAUAUCCAAUUACACGGCAAAUUUACUCACAACAAAUUCAAAUCCUACGGAUUCUAAGCAUUGA